AAGAUUUAGCUCAGUUCAACAGAAACACGUCUAGAGUACGGAUUUCACGGCGCGAACAAUCUAAAAGAAGAACUAAAAAUGCGAGUAGAUAGUUAUUGUUAAGUGCAUUGUUAAGUAAACGCUUAGUGAGAAAAUAUAUCAAAUAAAUCUAAGUAAAGUACAGUAACAAAAAUAUUUGUUAAAAAUACAAGUUUAUUUAAACUGAUUAUAAACUAAUAAAAUGCAAUCGUGUAACACGUAAUUAUAAAUAUUCCGGAAACAUUUUAAAUAAUGACUGCUUCAUGAGAUAAACAAAUUCUGUUAAUUAAGAAAAAGGACAAUUAAACUUUUUUUGUAUGUUUUAUAUCAUAUUUACGCAAUAAUAUAAAUUUUUUAGAAAUAGGAAAAUAUACUUGUUAUAUUUGUUUAUCUCCUUAAUCACCGUGUUAUGAGUGAUGUUAUAUUUUACUCAUCAAACGUAUUUAUGUGAAUUUAUCUUAUAAAGAUAGCAAUAAGAUUUGUCAUAAAUAAAUACGAAAUAUUUUCUACGUUUAAUUGAAGAAUUGAAGACACAGGAGACUGACGAAAAUCAAAUUGUGAUUAAAAAAAUUGAAUUGUGAUUAAAGCAGUUAUUACGAUGUUUAUUACUAUAUUAUUAUUUAUACUUAUUCUAUUUUUGACGUGUCAUUAUUAUGCUCAAUAUAUAUCAAAUCAAAGAUUAAUGAAUAAAAUACCAGGAUAUGUGUCUUAUGUAAUAGUUAAUAAUCUAAUACUGGGGCAAGAUUCACUAGAGGAACUUUGGAAAAUUCUAAUUAAUCUUGCUGACCUGUAUUAUCCCAUUUUAAAACUAUGGAACUUUCUUGUUUUUUUGAUUUUUAUUCGUCAUCCUAAUGAUUUGGAGGUAAUGCUAAAAAAUUCAAAACAUAUCGAAAAGGGUAUAUUUUAUGAUGCAUUACAUCCUUUCAUCGGCACGAGUCUUUUUACCAGUACACGCUCCAAAUGGCAAUCACGGCGAAGACUAUUAACUCCUAUAUUUCAUUUCAACGCAUUACAACAGUUUACUGAGAUUUUAAUCGAAGAGGGCGAGAGUAUGACAAACUCUUUGAAGAAUGCAGGAGACACUAUUACAAAAGACUUAGACCCGUUUAUUAGUGAACAUACACUGAACGCAAUAUGCGAAGCUGUUAUAGGGAUUUCUCCGCAAGGAAUGAGUUUAUUUCAACAUCAGUAUCGGAAAGCGGUUUACCGGAUAAACGAAUUUAUUGUUUAUAGGUUUUUUAGGCAGUGGGCGCAUAACAAUUGGAUAUUUUCGUUAACGCCGAAAGGUAGAGAACAAACAAAGAUCUUAAAGUUAUUGCACGGAUUUACAGAAAAAAUUAUUGAGGAAAGAAAAGUUUAUCAUAAACACAAUGGACAAUACUUGAGGAAUCUCAUCGAAGGUACAGUGGCAACUGAUGCAAAAACUAUUGAAAUACAAAAAAAGCGGCUUGCAAUGUUGGAUUUUUUAAUAAUAGCGUCUCAAAAGGAUCUUUUAACCGAUUCCGAUAUUAAAGAAGAAGUCAAUGGUUUAAUAUAUAAGAGUCAUGACACUGUAGCGAUGGGUAUAUGCUUUGCUUUGUCACUACUGGCCGAACAUAAAGAUAUUCAGGAUUGUGCCAGAAAAGAAAUUGAUACUAUUAUGCAACAGAAUCAAGGGAAACUUACCAUGAAAUCGUUGCAAGAUUUGCAAUAUUUAGAGAGAUGUAUACAAGAAACAUUGCGUUUAUAUCCAAGUGUGCUUCUCAUGGCACGAAUUACUUCAGAAGAUACACAAUUACGUUACACUUUCAUAAAAUAUUUUUCAGAGUCACAUUUAAUACCUGCCGGAGCAAUGAUGAUUCUUAAUAUCUUUAAAGUCCACAGAGAUAAAAAUUUUUGGCCAAAUCCAGAAAUAUUUGACCCAGAUAGAUUUUUACCUGAGAAUGUUCAAAAUCGUCAUCUUUAUUCAUAUAUACCAUUUAGUGCUGGUCCGCGGAAAUGCAUUGGUCAACGAUUUGCUUUACUGAUGAUGAAGGCGAUGAUAGCCCCUCUGAUUCACAAUUUUUAUUUGGAGCCCGUCGAUUAUUUAAAAGACGUACGAAUGGGAAUUAAUCUGAUAUGCCGUCCUCUUGAUUCACAUCGUAUAAAAUUUAUUCCAAUAGCUACAAAAUCUAUAUAAGCAUUUAAGACAGUUCAAAUUCCAAGGAAUAAAUGUUAAGUAAGAAUGUAAAAAUACAGGUAAUUAUUAUGAGAGUAUAAAUGUGUAGAGAUGUGUUCCAGACUUAUUGCGAUACUUGUUAGUUGUAGAUUCUUAAGAUUAUUUCAACUUUUACUACCAAAAUGUUGAAGCUACAAUAGUUUUUAAUAAGAAGAAUUUAAAAUUGGCAAAUCAAACUGUUCGAAAAGAGUGCGCACUCGGGUAUGAGACAGAGUAAAGGUGUUCGUAAAUAAAAUUCUUAUUUUUUAUAUCGAUUUGACUAUAUUUUCACCGUACGUGAAAGUAUAUACAAAAUCCUUUCUUAUUUAAAAAUUAUAUUUUGGUAUAAUUUUUGUCUCACAUGUACAGUACUGGACAAAAUUAUUGUUACAGCGCGGUUGCUACUAUAAAAUGCGAUCAUGGUCUCAUUUGCCAAUAAGCCGAGUAAACCAUAAUUAUGUAUCGUCGAGAAAUUCAAUGUCCUUUUACGAAUUAAUUCCACUUUUUUGUUCCUUAAUAUAUAGCAUUCUUGAAACGAAUGUCUUAUUGUAAUUUGACUCAGGAACUAAGAUUUUUGCACCUUAAAGAUAUAAAUGGUUAAAGUCCUACUUUCCAAAAAAUGUUUUUACCUCAUAUUGUAUUGUCAUUUUUGUUCAAUUUUAUAUCGAUAUAAUUAUCUAUACAAUGUAGAGAUAAAUUUGAAUUAUAAAAUUAUUAUUAAAUUUGUGGAUGGUUAAGUAAAAUCAAAACGUUCUGUAAUUGAAUAAACUAUUAAUUAAGUAAAUCAUGUUGUUAAUAAAUCACAUGUGAUGUCAUAGA